UAUUGUCAGACUGUGGUUGGUUUGCAACUGUCUUAUGCCCUACAGUAGGUAACAAUCAUAACUGUUUGCAACUCAAAAGCAACACGAUCAAGAAAUGGCUGCAGCUGCAAGAGCAUUGGAUAAUGGGGAACAGAAUGAAAACCUUGGACCGAAAAUCAGUGAUUUGAAAGCUGAAUUUAAAUACUUGAAUGAUGACGGUUCACAAAGUUGUAUCGAGGUUAAGUGGGAAUUUGUAAAUGCUCCGGAUGAGAAUGAUGCUCGAGUGCUCAUCGAAAUUAUUAAAAAUGGCACAAAAGAAGGGGAGGCUCAUAAUGAAUAUAAUGAUAAUCGUUUUAUUCACAAUCAACCACAACCAUCAUCAAGCUAUAAGUUUAAAGUUACAAUUGAGAAUUCUGAACAAUCUCUCACCUCUGAAAUUGUGCAUACACCUGCAAACUGUGUGAAAAAUCUUGAGGUCACCUGUUCUGGACACGACAAGAUAGAAGCGAAAUGGGACAUACCAGAUGGAAAAUUUAUAGAUUAUGAGAUAAAUGUGGAUGAGGCUUCGAAGCCAAAAGUAGUAAGCAAGAUACUGGACAGGAAUGAGUAUCGCGGAAAAGGCUUCACUGAUAAUCGUGUGUAUACUGUUAGAGUUGAAGUUCGAAAUCAAUAUGGAUUGCACAGCAAAGCACAGGAGGCAAAUGUUCAGUUUACUCCGGCCAAAGUUACAUCAUUAGCAAUCAAGAAGAGCUCCUCUGAGAAGUUGAAAGCUAGUUGGAAACAGGACCAACGCACUGCAAAAUGUGAAGUUAGGAUUUAUAAGAAAAAUAUUGCUGUUGAAAAAAGUGUUAGAGACCCUGAGCCAUUUGAUAUUAAUAAACAUGUCAGAAGGAAAAAAUAUAAAUGGGAGAAGUGUGCUGCAACACAAUAUACUGUUGAGGUUUGCCCAAAAAAUUCAGCUGAUAGUGAAGGACUAGUAUCAUCAACCGACUACAAAACUAAGAUUCCUGUGCCAAAAGAUCCACAAGUUUCUGAAGAAGAAAGCCAGAUCAAAGUUGAGUGGGGAGCUGUAUGUGAAGGAAUCAUCAGAUACAAGGUCAAGAUUAAGAAAGUGAAACUCUUUCGAAAUCAAUACAUUCGCACAUACUUCGUUAAAGAAAAUUUUGUUCUAGUCGAUCUGCCGCAAUGGGAAUAUGGAGACAAAUACGAGUUCCAGAUAAGAGUACAAAACUCUGAUGGUAUAAAAGGGGAAAAAUUAAAAGUUUAUCAUAGAAUCGGAAAGUGAAAAAAAUUUCCAGAGCUGACUCCAUAAAGAAUAAUUUUUUGUUUUCUGAAUUGCAAAAUUGUAUUAAAUCUAUAUUUUGAUUAUACAUGACAAUAUUAUAAUAUUUAAAUGAUGAUUACCAAUUGUUUGAUUUUUGAUUAAAAUUGAUAUUUAUGUCUUUGUGCAAGCAGCCAGCCAGUUAGCUGGCCUGUUCUGCAUUGCCUACCUAAAUUUAUACUCACUCAGAAGAUUCAACCAUUAGACAAUGCCAAUAAAAUCGAGCUCAUCACACCCACUUGAAUUGAAAUAAAUUUAUUAAAUUCUUUGACAUCUUGUGGUUUGGUUGUCCCUCUAUCUCGUGGACCCUCAAGAUCUUCAUUUUGCUGAUCUAUGCUUCAUUUUGGUGGGGGUAACUUUCUGCUUGUAAUGGUGUUUCACAUUUUGUCUGGGCAAGACUAUGUAUUCUUUGAUAAGGUAUUGGUGGCCUUUAGUUGAGCAAUAAACUGAAUGAAUGUUGCUUGAACCUUUGAUGUCUCGCUUAUGAUGUGAACAUAAUUUAUCUAUUUUAGUGCCAUGAAACUAGAUUUUUUUAUUCUGAAUUUCCGUUGUUCAUUUUUUGUUUCAUUCUAUGCACUCCAAUGUUUUCAAAGUGUGGCAGGGAUACCCUGUGAAUAUCAUUUACCGUAUUUUCUAUGCAAAUGUUCCUACGCAAAAUUUUAUUGCCUCAAUUUAAGUAAAUUAACUACCUACAAUUUGUUUUACUUGUGUUCAAAGUCAUUUUUUUUAAAUUUAUGCAAAUUUCUCACCUGAUUUAAUUCUAUGUGCCAUUCUUUUAUUUUCUUUUGUGCUGCGCCAAUAUAAAAAUACCUUCUAUAUAUUAGUUAUUCUCACGCUGUAUUAAGUAUAUAUGUAUGGCUUUAUAUUGAUUGUUCAUGGGAUUCAUGGGUUGAUUCAUCAUGCUCAGCUUUAGGAUAUAUACUUGCUAAUUAUCUCACUGCUUAUCCAAGGUUUUGUUUGCUCUCCUGAUUUCAUAAUUAGUUUUUAUUUGCUUGUUUUUAUUAAUCAUUUUAUC